CGACAGUUCAGGAAGCAUCUACAAACAGCCACAGAAACAAGUCAGGGUUGGUGUCUUCGGCAAAAAAACAGCACCAUGUUGCCGACCACCUUGCCACAAAGCAAUGGUGCCCCCGGUUCAAGGGAUGCCGCACGUCACACGGCAGGCGCCAAACGCUACAAGUACCUGCGACGGCUACUACAUUUCAGACAGAUGGACUUUGAAUUUGCCCUGUGGCAGAUGCUUUACUUGUUUACGUCACCACAGAGAGUGUACCGCAACUUCCACUACAGAAAACAGACCAAGGACCAGUGGGCCAGGGACGAUCCAGCUUUCCUGGUCUUGCUCAGCAUCUGGCUUUGUGUGUCAACAAUAGGUUUUGGUCUGGUGCUGGACAUGGGAGUCCUGGAGACUCUGAAACUGCUGCUUUGGGUGGUCUUUGUUGACUGUAUAGGAGUCGGUCUACUCAUAUCAACCCUAAUGUGGAUUGUCAGCAACAAGUACCUUCUGAAACAUCCCAGCAGAAACUUUGAUGUGGAGUGGGGCUAUGCAUUCGAUGUUCACCUCAAUGCUUUCUACCCCCUUCUUGUCAUCCUGCAUUUCCUGCAGCUCUUCUUCAUCAACCAUAUUGUGGUGAUAAACUCAGACUGGUUCCUGGGAUACUUUGUCGGGAACACUUUGUGGCUGAUUGCCAUCAGUUACUAUCUCUACAUCACGUUCUUAGGGUACAACGCUCUACCCUUCCUGAAGAACACCGUGGUGCUGCUCUACCCCUUCGCUCUGCUCGGUCUCAUCUACGUCCUCUCUGUCUCUCUGGGCUGGAACUUCACCAAGGGUCUGUGCUGGUUUUACAAGUACAGAGUCCAGUAAAACCAGUUGGCCUCUGACGUCGGACACUAGUUGGCUUCAAGCCGACUCAGAAUCUGUUUCCACCUCCUCUGUCAGUCAACAUCUGAUUGAGGAGGACCUCUGGUUGACUCAGUCAUCUGAAACACCGGGUUGAUUGACGCUGAGCUGGUUAACUGUUGCUCGACUCUGAUUGACUCUGCUGAUUUUCUGUUUGGCUCUUAUGUUGAGCUCCAACGUCAGUGAACAGUGAUGUGUUUGGACUAGUUGUAGAAACCGGGGGACAGAUGAGAUGCAGCUUUUAUUGUUUUUUUGUAUGAUUUGUAAAUAGUAUUGUGGCAGGUUGUAAUAUAUAUACCCAGAUGAUUGUCUCAGAAGAAGAAAAAUUUGCUUUGUUUCUUUGAGUUUUCUUUAAAAAAAAAUCCUGCUUAUUGAAGAGAAAAAAGGAAAGUAGAGGAACAUGGGAUGCAAACUUUUUUCCCCUUCUUUUUUCUAAAAAUGUACAUUCCAGAGUACUUUCAAUAAAAGGUUUUAUGAACUGAA